AUAUGGAAAUCAGAUUUAUCCACACGAAUGUGAUUUCUUGAUCAUUCUUAUAAAUGUGCUUUUGCCUGUAGACCACGAUUCAUAUCAAUUAGUUCUGCUGUAGGCCUAUUUACUUUCUCAAAGACUGACGGCAUUUAAAAUAAAUCUUAACAAGACGAUAAUUGUGAAUUAGGCCUAUUCAUCUGUAGAUUUUCGUUUAAUUCUUCAACGAUUAAAAUAGAGAUCAGACAUGAAAAUCUUGGUCUUGACCCUGGCAUUGGUCACCGUCAUGUUGGUGUGUCCUGGUGACUGCGAGGCUUCCUGCUGUUGCCCAACCUUCUGGACUGCAUACAACAGUAGCUGUUACAGAUUGUUCAGUUACAGUAUGAAUUGGCAUGAAGCAGAGGUGUAUUGCAAUCAAUUUUCCAUAUCAUCCCUUGCUAAUAGAGAAAGGAAUAGCGUGGCUCAUCUUGUAUCCAUCCAUUCCCUAGAUGAGCAUGAUUUCAUUGUUUCUUACUUCAGAUCUACAGGGAUCAAGGAUCAGGGAGAUGAUGAAUCAACUGGGCGUGACAUGUGGGUUGGUCUCCAUGAUACUAACAGCGAGGGAAACUUCGAGUGGACCGACCGAUCGUCGUUCAACAUGAACGUGUGGUCCCCCGGACAGCCCGACAACGCUGGUUCGAGAGAACACUGCGGGGAGAUUGUGGGCGUCUACGGAUAUAAGUGGAACGACGAACAGUGUGACCGAGUUGCUCAAUACUUCAUGUGCAAGUUACCAGCUUGGUAAACUGAUGGGGGACUUCCCAUGAGGCCGAGGGUCCACGAGGCAAGGGUCUUGGGAGCGAUUUUUUUUUUUACUGGGGGUACUGAUAAAUUUGAAAAGCAAAAAAAAGAGUUUCAUUACAAAAUGAAGGUUAUUUUGGUCGCUAAAAAUUUGACAAGCAAAAAGGAAAGAAAAAAAUGAAUUUCACUACAAAAUAAUUUUGUUACAUUUCUCCAUUUUUUAAACCUACUAGAAUUCCAGAGGCUGCUGCCUAUGGAGAAUAAUACACGCAGGUGUUUCAGCACCCCUGCUUCCUAGGGCCAUUCAUGUUUGUUUACAUCAAAUUAUUUUGUGCUUAGCUUAGUCUUAGGUUGGUGAUACACUAGACUGAGGCCGGCGUCGGAGGCGGGUCGACUUUAUAAUGUAAACAUCCCCCCCCCUUGAAAGCCGGACUAAUGCCGGCGCGGACUGCGUCCACCUUUGGAUGUGGUUUGAAGACGGUGCGCCGGCUUCAGUUCUGCAAUUGGUAGGCCUAUGUGUAACACCCCCCCCCCCCCCCCAGUGGGCUCAUACUCGUAUUUCAUUGGGUAAAAAUCAAGCUACGUAUGAUUCUUGGAGCUCCGUUUGAUUGUCAUGAUUAUUACAUUAUUACAUUAAACAGAAGCAAACAAAGAGAGCAAAGAAACUCCUUUGUCUUCCCUCUUGAAAUAUUUUCACGAGGAUACGCUUUUCUGUUGACUUUCAAAAAAAUUAAGACAAAUUAAAAAAUGAAAACAAACAAGAUUUUCAUAAACCAUUGUUAUCUUGUCAUCCCAUCUGUGGAGCAUUUCAUGAAAAUAAUGGUCGGUGACAUUCAUUGAUUAUUGUUAUUAGCUACCAAAAACAAUGAUUCUGAUUGGCUGAGGAAAAAUCAGUGGAGGCCUUGUAACCAUUAUUUCAUAUUUCAUUAUAAAUCAAACCUCAUAUGCAUACAUGUAUAUUUAAGGAGUUCCGAUCCGAAAAUCCCAUUCGAGCACUGUAUGCUGGCGCUGUUGAAAUCGUAGUAAAUAGAGUCUUUUAGGAUCGUGUACAGCAAAAUUAACAAAGUUGGACCAAUGACUUUAACUCCGAGAUAUAUAUUAAACGGUUGAACUUACAGAGGGAGGGGAGACAGACAGGCAACGAAGGGGAAUCGAAAUGGCGAGGGGGGGGGGGGGGUAGAAGAGAAUUAAAGAGCGUAAUAAAACGCACGUGCGUAUUAAGACAAUCAUUAAAUUAUAGGUUUCCGAUAGGCCUAAUAGUUAAUCAGUACACGUACAACCUAUAACAUUGAAACGUACAGACAUCGGUUAAUACUUUAAAGGCAUAUUAUGUACAUAGUUAUUGGCAAAUUAGAGCGUAUUGCUUCCCAUUUUCUAUUAAGGCAUAUGAAUCACCUUACAUGAGCAGAGCACAAAGUAAAGUACCCUUUCAAUCAAAAACAAAAGUUGGGACAAAACAAAAAAUAACCCUGUAAAAGCGUUUCUUGACUUAUCUUUUGGAAAAACGAUCUCCCAAGUCAUGACUGACUGAAUCUAUAUUUAACUUUUUUUUCGUCUCAAAUACUGAUUCGUUGAAAACUCACGCCAUUUUGAUUUCGGGUGAACUUCUUCAAUUGUUUUAUAAUUAAACUUCAUUACUAUUUACAAGAUCAUGAUGUCACUCAAUAUGCCUAUGUCCUUUGGUAUACUGCAUUCUUACUUUGAUUACAUGAGGAUUGAAAAUGUGAUCAACGUUUAGUGUGAAUAAAUGAAAAUUAGAAUUUACUGUUAGGGCAGUACCAUACAGUACACAUAACAUAAUAUAGCUUGGACGUGAACCCGAUCACUUUUCCUGUAAUUAUAGCAAUACACUGGUUGAAUUUCCAUGAUUUAUAUUUUAUUGGAAUCUUUAGAAAAGGCAAAGUCAAAAGUUGAAUUCGAUUUGACAACAUUAUUUUCUUCGGUUGAUCGUCUCCUUCCAUCAUCCGUAUGUGUUUACAGUAUAUAUAUUGUUAACACGUUGUUGUUACUUGCAUGUUUAUUUGAUUUGUUCUUUUCUCUUUUCGCUUGUAUUAUAAAAAAAAUCAAAUUAUACAUGGUUUUAUGAUGAAUAGGGUCGAUCUUUAUUAUUUCCUUGAACAUAACAUGUAAACUGUUGUCCAUGCUUUGCUUCCGUGUGAGUUACUGGGAUAUAAUUUUGAUAUUUUAUAUAGAAAUAAAGUUGAACUUUAACAUUCA